AGACAACGCAGAGCUGAGUAAAGCCCGUGGAAAUGAAGAGUCUUCCAAUCCUCCUGUCACUUAAUGUGGCAGUUUGCUCAGCCUAUCCAUUGGAUGGAGCUGCAAGGGGCGAGGACGACAGCAUGGACUUUGUUCAGCAAUACCUAGAAAACUACUACAACCUUGCAAAAGAUGUGAAACAAUUUGUCAGAAGAAAGGAUAGUGGUCCUGUUGUUAAAAAAAUCCAAGAAAUGCAGAAGUUCCUUGGGUUGAAGGUGACGGGGAAGCUGGACUCCAGCACCCUGGAGGUGAUGCAUAAGCCCAGGUGUGGAUUUCCUGACGUUGGUUAUUUCAGUACCUUUCCUGGCACACCGAAGUGGAUGAAAACUCACCUUACUUACAGGAUUGUGAAUUAUACACAAGAUUUACCAAAAGAUGAUGUUGAUUCUGCCAUGGAGAAAGCUCUGAAAGUCUGGGAGGAGGUGACUCCACUCACAUUCUCCAGGAUUUAUCAAGGAGAGGCUGACAUAAUGAUCUCUUUUGCAGUUGGAGAACAUGGCGACUUUGCCGCUUUUGAUGGACCUGGAAAAGUUUUGGCUCAUGCAUAUGCACCGGGGCCGGGGAUUAAUGGAGAUGCUCACUUUGAUGAUGAUGAACGAUGGACAAAGGAUACAAAAG